AUGCCUUUCUCUGCCAGCUUUGUUCAGCGACUUGCCCCUCACAGGGUCCUUCCCAGUGAGGCCAAACGUCAAGCAACCAAGACGUCACCCACCAAGACUGGCAUCACACCCACUGAAGCUACUCCCCUUGUUGCAGUGAUCGGCGUAGGUUUCGUGGGUACAGGUCUCGUGGACUCUUUCUCUUCCAAGUAUGAGGUCAUGGGCUUUGAUAUUAGCGAGAACCGACUUGAUUUCCUGCGGGGAGAGUUCAGUGCUCGACCUAAUGUCUCUUUCACAUCGAAUGAGUCUGAUCUUUCCAAGGCUACUCAUUUCCUCAUCUCUGUUCCUACCCUUCUUCGAUCUGACAAAACAAUUGAUCUGUCUUACCUACGAAGUGCUCUGCUUAGAGUAGAGCAGUGGGCCCGUCCUGGUUGCACUGUCGUUAUUGAGAGCUCAGUGUCUGUCGGACUGACUCGUCAGCUUCUUGGUCCCCUUGCAAAGACCAAAAGACUCUUCUCUGGAAUGUCCCCUGAGCGCAUUGACCCUGGCCGAACUGAACCUCCCAUGCGAUCCAUCCCCAAGGUCGUCUCUGGUCUUGAUGAUGUCAUCCCCGGAUCUCUGGAUGCCGUUGUCCGCCUCUAUGGCCGAGUCUUUGACAGCAUUAUCCCUGUCUCCAAGCCUGAAGUUGCUGAAAUGUGCAAGCUCUACGAGAACUGUCAACGAAUGAUGUGUAUUGCCUUUGCAAAUGAGAUGGCCGAUGCUUGUCAGGGUCUUGGCAUAAACCCGUUUGAGGUUUCUGAAGCUGCUGCUACCAAGCCUUUCGGCUAUAUGCCCUACACCCCUAGUCUCGGUGUCGGUGGACAUUGCAUCCCUGUCAACCCAUACUACCUCCUCUCUAACUGCGAGUUCCCUCUCCUAGAAGCCUGUGCAGACAAGAUGAACAAGCGACCUGCCAACAUGGCAAAGCGGAUUGUCAACGAACUCAUGGGAGGCGGAAGACUUCAGCGCCGCGACUCCGGCAUUGAUAUGACAAAGAGGGUCCUCGUUGUUGGCAUGGGCUUCAAGGCUGGACAAGACCAUCUUGUUAACUCACCUGGCCUACAAUUGGCCAAGGAAUUGCAAAAGCUCGAGGUCGAUGUUCACUUUGCGGAUUCCUUGGUCAAGCAGGCUGCUGUACCAGAUAUUCCACGAUUGGACGAUGCCGACUGGGUUAAGGAGGAGCUUGAGCAAUUUGACAUGAUUGUCGUGAGCUUCAGACAAUGGGGCAUGGACUUCAGUGUCUUGGACCAGGUCACCGAUGUUCCUGUCCAGAUGUGGUGCCAAUAGCAACUUCAAAGGAAAGCAAGGGAAAGGCGUUAUGGGUGUUGUUCUCAUUUCAAGUUAUCCAUUGGUUUAC